GGUAUACCUAAGAACUCAAAGCUACAGUUCAAGGCGCCCCAAUACAGUUUCUGACAUUUCGAGGGGCUCUUUUUGAGGGCGACGCUACUCAGCACCAUUCUGACAGAUUCACAGCUUUAUUGCAGCAUUGAGACGGUCCGUUCUUCUUCGAAGUCAAGUCCAUCAAAAGGUGGUGGCACCAGUACGAGGAAACGUGGAACAUCCAGUCACAUAGGCGCCUACUCCAGAAAGAAGGAUUGGUCAUCGACACACAGGCAGGCUUUCUGGAAGCGAAGAUGGGGAAUGCACUACAGAGUAUGAUACAGAACACAAUCUAUGGGGAACCUGCCGCGCCACCGCCCCCGGUGGUGCUAGUUCCUCCCCUGUUUGAACGGACCCUGGCAGGCAGAAACCGAAUGGCAGAGUCGUCCUACGACCUCCUAUUCAGCAAGCUGCCCCGCGCUCGCCUGUUCGACGACUAUUAUGCCGAGGCGGGCCGCUUGGUGGCCCGCGCGUUGCUUCAGCCCCCAGAAGACAGAAACGUUGAUAUUUGUGCCCAAGUUGAGGUGCCGCAGGGUAUUCGCGGGGAACGAGUGCACGGCAGUGCGGCCUUUCGGUGGCAAAAGAAUGAAGACGAUCCGAACACCUUCCUCGACCUUCGAGUGUCCACCGCGGCUAAGGAAUACGUCCGACUGCGCGGAAGUUUCUACCACCCAGAGAGCGGCUUUGGCGUGUUUGGCCUCCUGCCGCUCUUGUCAGACACUCGCUCAGAAUUUGGUCUCCGCUACAGCACAGAGUAUCUCGCGGCAGGGCUUGUCGCCAGUCCUCCCCCUAACGGCCCCGUGACCGUCGAUUCCCUCUUCUCCAAGGCCUGGCUGGUCGGCCGCUCCGGUAGUCUGACCGCGGGCAUCCAGUACGUUCAACCGGGUCCGGGGGGAGGCCCUGUUGCGGCGAAAGGCGUUCCCCCUGAGCUUAAGGAUUUCAACCUGGCCCUUGGGUACGGUACUCCGGGACGAGGCCCGCUCCAGCCAUCGUUCGACUUUGUGCUGGAGCUCGUGCAAGGAUCCAAAUUCAUUGCCUCCUACUACCACCACCUCGUCGUUCAGCGGAAAGUGAAGAACCCUUUGGAGGACUCCGACGUGGAGGGGAUCACCAACUACGUCGACGUUGGCCUGGAGAUUGAGCACAUGCUGGACGACCCCGGUACGGAUAGCGUGUCCAAUCUGCAGCUCGGCGCCUCUUGGCAGGUCAAUAAGAACGUGCUGCUCAAGGCCAAGGUGGGCGCUCUCAGCUCCGCGGCCGUCGUCGCGUUCAAGUCGUGGUGGCAGCCGAGCGUUACGUUCGCAGUGACGGGGAAUCUAGACCACGGGAGCAAACAGGCCAAGGUCGGGGGCGUAAUCUCAGUUGAAAACUUUGGCGGAGUCAGGUACGAGAGAGCGGAUCCAAACUACAAGAUGCGAACGCCCACGCGACGACACGAAGCAGACCCAACGCUGCGGGAAAAGUAUCCGCUUAUGCUGCCGACUGAAGGAGGGGCCGGAGUCGCGCCUGUGUACCCACUUCCUAAAGAACUUCGACCGGGCAGCAAUGUACUGUAGUGAUUCCAAGUGGUUCAGAGAGCAUUAAGCCCAGCAAACAGCAACUACUGCAGUGUGGAUAAUAAGGAGGUACGGGUGGGUGCCUUUGGUUGAGGUCUGGUGAAUCAAAGGGCUGACUAUUUACUGGGCUUUUGCACAUUCAUGAUUACUGUAGUGCGCCGGCCGGCAUCCGCUCAAGUCAAAUCCUUGUGCACUUGACUUUUCGAAGCCGGCACCACAGUCAAUGUCAGGAGUACGAGCAAUUUGUAACUAUUGUCUAUAUGAUUGAAAAUGUGGAUUGACAGAUGCAAAGAUACGCCAGCUGACAUAGCGUGUUCAAGAUGCUCGUCGGUAGUCAUAUGGUUUUGUGUUGGAUGCCCCCUUAAAAUGUACGUAUUGUUUCUAUGAGCUGACUUCUAGCCGCCUCGCGC